UGUUAAUGAUUUUGGUGAUAUUGGUUUCCUUCUUACAAUCAUGUGUAGGAUCAUUUGAUUAUUACAUGUUAUCGGAAAUAUGGCCACCAGGUUACUGUCACAAUAAUCCCUGUAGACGUCAUGGUCCCAAAUUCUCAAAAUUUAUUAUCCACGGCUUAUGGCCGCAGAACACCACUCCAUGCGAAACAUCUAAAUUAGAAGAGUUUCCUCGUGAUACACUGGGGAAGCUAGAAAAAGAUUGGCCAUCUAUAACCCACAAACCUAACGGUCUGUUCUGGCAAAAUGAGUGGGAUAAACACGGCUCUUGCUCCAUGUUGCCACAAAUUGAUUACUUCAAACUCACACUAGAUCUUUAUGGUAGAGCUGAUAUCAAAGAAAUACUUCGAAAGGAAGGUAUAGUAUCUCAAAUAGGUGAUGUGAAGCGCUAUACGAAAUACCAAAUUGAGAACGCUAUAAAGUCACACCCUAACAUUGACGCUAAACCGCAACUUAUAUGUUACCAAGGUAACUUGGCUGAAGUAAGACUUUGUUUUGAUAAAAGCCCUGGUCAUAAGUAUAAGAACUGUUCUACUUCUUACACUUGUCCACUUGAUAACAUAAAAUUGCCAUAUUUAUAUCCCAAGCUUCCUGUUAUGGAACCUGAAGAAGCCGAAUUGCUAAGGGCCAUACCCCCUCUCUGAAUUACCAACGCAGCAGAACUAUAUGACAUUUCCAUAUUCCUAUAAUAUAAUUUGGUUAAGAUAGAUGAGUCAUGUAAUUAUGUAUGAUUCAUGACUCAUGUAAUUCUUCCUUUUAAAUAAAUGGAAAUACAA